AUGUCAGCAAUCGCCGCCCGAUACUACGACGUCGAACACCACGCUGAGCGCUACAUCGUGGCGAUGCGAACCCUCGACGCCGAGAUCCAAGAGCUCGAAGAGCUAUACACCGCAUCCGUAGCAACCGGCAAAGAGGAUAAAGAUCUGGCCAAGCAGCUCCAGGAACGUCGGGCAAGAGUUCAGUAUUAUGAACUCGGGAUUGAAAGGAUGUUGCUUGCCAAGAGGGGACUCACCGCUACCUUUGCUGUCCCCACCGCUACUAUCGCCUGGCCUGGAGAAUCCUCCUAG